AUGGAGCUUUCGAAGGAAACUAUUCAUCAAAUUACAACAUCUCCGCCGCAAUUUAUAUAUUGUAGCGCGGAAAAUUGUAUAGACAAAGAUUUUCUUGAUAUGCUCAAGGAUGAUGGCUCACAAUUACACAAGUCUGUGGAAGCAAUAGUUGUGGAUGAGUCUCAUACAAUUGAGACAUGGACUGGGAAACGGUAAGACCGGUUUUCUGAAACCGCUUCUUCUAAAAGUUUAGUUAUGUAGUAUGACAUUGACGCCAAUCUGGUAUUGUAUUUCUAAGUAUUCAUAUCGCAUAUCGGUACAUUGGGACGUUUUUCGUCUUUUUUGUGUAGAGACAUAAAGGGCAAAUUAUCGAAGUCGAAGGACAGGAAAGCUUUCAGAGAAGCUUAUGGAAAGCUUGCAAUUAUGUAGUAUGACAUUGACGCCAAUCUGGUAUUGUAUUUCUAAGUAUUCAUAUCGCAUAUCGGUACAUUGGGACGUUUUUCGUCUUUUUUGUGUAGAGACAUAAAGGGCAAAUUAUCGAAGUCGAAGGACAGGAAAGCUUUAGGUCAAUGUGCAAAAAAGGCAAGCAAUUUAUAUUAUUUUUGUUUCUACAAUUUAUCUAAUAUACUCCUAGUCUUAAAUGUUAAUGUUUAUUGACAAGCAAAAUAAAGUUUUGUUAUUUGUAUAAGCAUUGUCAUGUUAAAUUACAUUGUCUUUCUUCCUUUAUUUUUUCAUUCAUGUUUUUAUUCCAGGUACUCCAUUAUUAGCUUUAACUGGAACAGCAGAUCAAGAAACCCAGACUGUCAUUUGUCAUAACCUAGCCCUGAAAGACACCACAAAGUUUUCUGUCAGCCCGAAUCAUCUCAAUUUGCGGUUUAGUGUCAUCAAGGUUCCAAAAAAACAAAUGCUAUCUCAGCUGGAUUGGAUUGUGGAGAAGAUAAAGAAUGAAGGUAUUGCUACUCCCAAAACUAUAAUAUUUUGUGAUACCAUGUAUUCAGUUGCACAUGUUGCCAACUACCUGAUGAUGAAGCUGGGAAGACAGGCAUUUUAUCCAACAACUUCUAAAGAAAGAGAACAUUGUCUUGUGGGCAUAUUCCAUUCUGUUACCCAAGAGAAGUACAAGGAAAGAAUUGUAAAAUCGCUCAAAGGUGAUGGUUCGGAAAGAAUUAUUAUUGCAACAUCAGCAUUGAGUAUGGGAGUUAACUUCCCUGACAUUAGAUUCAUUGUAAUGUUUGGGCCACCACGUGAUAUUUUAGAUCUACACCAAAAAGCUGGACGAGCUGGACAUGAUGGUUUAUCAUCUGACAUUUUAAUACAUUAUGGUCAACAAAUUUCACAUGUUGAUGAGGACGUGAGGGAGUUUUUAAAAAAUGAUGAUUGCAUGCGUGUUGCUGCUUACAGGAUAUAUGAUCAAGAUGUUGUUCCUCUACUUCCUGCUCAUAGUUGCUGUGGUUUCUGUGCUGCAUCUUGUUGUUGUGAUGAAGUUGAAGGAAAGUGUGAAAGAGUAUCUGGUCCAUACCAUUUCAAUCUUGUUCCAGAUGACAUUGAAAAUUCUUGUAAUUUGUAUCGAUCUGUGUCUGAAGAAGAUAAAUGCAUCCUUCAUGAUGCUUUAAAAGAGCAGCAAAUGAAUAUUUCAUCUUACAAUGCAGUCAUUGCUCUUGGAUCAGUGUCAAGUCAUGGUUUUUCUGAACAAGUCAUCACAGAUGUUGUUGAGAAUUGUAACAAGAUAUUUUCUGUGGAAGAUGUCAUAACUUAUUCACCUAUUUUUUCAAGAAACCAAGCUAUGGAAGUGCUUUCUAUUUUUAGUGAAGUGUUCAAUGAUAUUGAAGAGGUGCACUUGAUAUCUAACAAUUCAUUGGAAGAUGAUAGCUAUCCACCGUUUUCUUUAGACCAGUUGCUAAACAGUGAAUUUACAGAUACUGAUGUUGAUGGAGAACUGUUUGACUUGGAUGUGAUAGACUAA